AUGGCAUUCAAACUAUUCAAGAAGAAGUCUUCCAAGAAGAGCAAGAAGGUAGUCGAAGAAGUUGCCGCCCCUGAACCUGCUCAGGACAAGCCUCUCCUUCAAGAAACCGAGGAGCCCAAGCCAGAACCUGAAGAAACCGAAUCUCCAUCGGUCGCUUCGGAGUCUCCUUCUGAGGAAGUUCCAAAGGAGCAAGAUAAGGAAUCGUGGAUGUCCAAGAUGACCAUGAAUUGCUGCGUAUAA